UGUCCAUCAGAGCCUGUGCACCAUGGCGAAAGGUUUCUACAUCAGUAAAGUCACGGGGAUCGUGGCGGUGGUGGUGGGCGCCGCCGCCCUGGCCACCAUCAUCGCUCUGUCUGUCGUUUACUCGCAGGAAAAGGCCAAAAACAACAAUAAUCAGGUGGCACCAACAGAUGGAGGGACGACGGCCACCGCCUCCACCGCCUCCACCGCCUCCACCGCCGCCCCCUCCAACAAACCCUGGGACCAGUACCGGCUCCCCAAGAGCCUGGAGCCCAUCCACUACGACGUCACCCUGUGGCCCCGGCUGAAGAAGAACGAAACCACUGGACUGUUCAUCUUCACCGGUGACUCCUCUGUGGAGUUCCUGUGUGUGGAGGACACUGACCUGAUCCUCAUCCACUCUAAUAAACUGAACUACACGGCGCUGGAUGGUGGGAAGCUGGCCCGGCUGACCUCCGUCCCCUCCUCAGACCCGGUCCCUGCCAUCCAGUCCUCCUGGCUCCAGACCGAAACCCAGUACCUGGUCCUGCAGCUGGACGGGAAACUGCUGAAAGGCCGCAAGUACCGACUGUACACUGAGUUCACUGGGGAGCUGGCCGACGACCUGGGAGGAUUCUACCGCAGCGAAUACGUGGAGGACGGAGUCAACAAGGUCGUUGCUACCACUCAGAUGCAGCCGACUGAUGCCAGGAAGUCGUUCCCGUGUUUCGAUGAACCGGCCAUGAAGGCGUAUUUCAACAUCACCCAUAGACAUCCUCCUCCUCUAACUAAACUAACUCAAUCCGUAUCCGUAGAAAACACUGACGUCACCAUUGGUGGCCAGACUCUGAGGAAGACGGUCUUUGAGAGGACGGAGAAGAUGUCCACGUACCUGCUGGCCUUCAUCGUCAGUGACUACGCCAAUGUCAACAACACUUUAGACGGACUUCUGGUGCGUAUCUUUGCCAGGAGACCUGCCAUCGCCGCUGGACAAGGAGACUACGCCCUCAGUAAAACUGGACCCAUCCUCAAGUUCUUCGAGGAGUAUUUUAACUCCAGCUACCCUCUGCCCAAGUCUGACCAGAUUGCUCUCCCAGACUUUAAUGCAGGAGCGAUGGAGAACUGGGGCCUGAUCACCUACAGGGAGACCGCGCUCCUCUAUGACCCACGUUUCUCCUCCAACUCCAACAAGGAGCGAAUCGCAACCAUCAUCGCACACGAGCUGGCUCACAUGUGGUUCGGUAACCUGGUGACUCUGAGGUGGUGGAACGACCUGUGGCUGAACGAAGGCUUCGCCUCCUACGUCGAGUAUCUGGGAGCCGCCAAGGCUGAACCCGACUGGAACGUGACGGACCUCAUCGUCCUCAAUGAUGUCCACAGAGUGUUUGCUGUGGACGCCCUGGCCUCGUCCCAUCCGCUGUCCUCUAAAGAAGAGGACAUCCAGAAGCCAGCGCAGAUCAGCGAGCUGUUCGAUGCCAUCUCAUACAGCAAGGGAGCGUCCGUCCUCAGGAUGCUGUCAGACUUCCUGACUGAAGAGGUCUUCACCAUGGGACUCAAGACCUACCUGGAUGAGUUCAGGUUUGGAAACGCCGUCUACACCGACCUGUGGAAGCACCUGCAGAUGGCUGUGAACGCCACCAGUACGCCUCUUCCUGCCUCACUGACCGACAUCAUGAACACCUGGGUGCUGCAGAUGGGCUUCCCCGUGGUCACCAUCAACACCGAGACCGGAGUCGUGUCCCAGAAACACUUCCUGCUGGAUCCAGACUCUGUGGUCACCACUGAGUCCCCCUUCAAUUACCAAUGGAUCGUUCCAAUCAAGUGGAUGAAGACCGGAGUCGUCCAGAACACAACGUGGCUGCAGGUUGAUUCCACCACCAUGAACGAGAUGAAGACUACAGGGAGUGAUUGGCUGCUGGUGAACCACAACGUGGUCGGUUAUUACCGAGUCAACUACGACACGAAGAACUGGGACAAGCUGCUGUCGACUCUACAGACCAACCACAAGAUGAUUCCAGUGCUCAACAGAGUUCAGCUGGUGGACGACGCCUUCAACCUGGCCAGAGCGAAGAUCAUCCCGACCACACUGGCCCUCAAAACCACCAAGUACCUGAAGAAUGAGAGGGAAUACAUGCCAUGGAAGUCAGCGCUGAAUAACCUGGACUUCUUCUACCUCAUGUUCGACCGCACCGAGGUUUACGGCCCCAUGCAGGAUUAUCUGAGGAAACAGGUCACGGGUCUGUUCGACCACUACAAGACAUUGACCAAAAACUGGACGGUCGUCCCAGAAGGACACAUGGACCAGUAUAACCAGGUGAACGCCAUCAGCCUGGCCUGUAGGACCGGUCUGCCCGAGUGCCUGGAUCUGGUGAAAGGCUGGUUCAAGGCGUGGAUGACCACUGGCAACAACGCGAUCCACCCCAACCUGCGCUCCACUGUCUACUGUCACGCCAUCGCGGCCGGCGCCGCCGCCGAGUGGGAGUUUGCUUGGACACAGUUUAAAAAUGCAUCCAUCGCUAGUGAGGCGGAUAAACUCCGCUACGCACUGUCCUGCAGCAAAGAGACCUGGCUGCUCAACAGGUACCUGGAGUUCACCCUGGACCCCAAGAAGAUCAGGAAGCAGGACGCCACCUCCACCAUCGUCUACAUCGGCAACAAUGUGGUGGGUCAACCUCUGGCCUGGGACUUCAUCAGGGCCAACUGGGCGUACAUCUUCAGAGAGUACGGUGGUGGAUCUUUCUCUUUCUCCAACCUCAUCAACGGCGUCACCAAACGCUUCUCCACUGAGUUCGAGCUCCAGCAGCUGAAACAGUUCAAGACCGAUAACUCUGACGUGGGUUUCGGCUCCGGGACUCUGGCCGUGGAUCAGUCCAUUGAGAGAACCAUGGGAAACAUCAAGUGGAUCGGAGAGAAUAAGCAGAAUGUUCUGACCUGGUUCAAUGAUGAAGCUAAAGCCUAAACGAGGAACCUGUGUUCUCCGUCUAAUUUAAAAUGUUUUGUUGUUGUUGUUGUUGUUUUCCUGUAAAAUAAAUGUUGCUUGGAGCAGAUUUACUCCUGUAGAAUGAUUCAUGCAUCAUUUCAUCACCUUUAAAAUCAGUCAGGACUCUGAUCAGCUCACUGAGCUCGAGUUAUAGAAAAAAGAGAAUUACAGUUUAUUGAAAAGCACAAAUCACCUGGCGAGGACUCGUUUUAGUGGUUUUGUAGCUGUUUAAGUUCUUUGUCAAUAUAAUUUUAUAGUUCCUGAUUAUAAGAACAGAGUUGGUGCAUGUUCCCUUUAGUUUUCUUCUAACAUUUGGACGAUUAUUUUUUUUAUAUUAGCAGAAAAACUGGACUCCUCUUCCGUCUCAUUGUUUGUGUUUUCUACAUUUUUAAGAUUGAGCUGCUGAAGCAACCACAGCCCUUUUUCUAUUUUAACACAUUUUAUUUCUAUUUUCACACACUGCCUCAUAAAUGUUGGAGCAAUUAAUGGUAAACCUGUUCUUUUAUUUAUUGUACAUGUUUGUCCUGGUAAUGACGGCUCUCUGCUGUGGAACUGGGAACAUGUUUUUACAUAUUUGAAAUUUCAUUGUGGAAAAGAGAAUUAAAACUUGAUUUCUUAAUAA